UCCGGAAGGAGACGUGGCGGCGGUUGAGUCUCCUGCGCUGAGGAAGCCUUGUGGUCCUGCCGCCGCCUCCUCCUCCUCCUCCUCCACCUGUUCUCCAAGGGUAGAGGAGGCUGUGACGGCGGCUGGAGGACGCGGCGACGGAGGAUGGAGGAAGGAGGCGGCGGCGCGCGGAGCCUGGUCCCCGGAGGGCCGCUGUUGCUGGUCCUGUGCGGCCUCCUGGAGGCGUCCGGCGGCGGCCGAGCGCUGCCCCAGCUCAGCGACGACAUCCCCUUCCGCGUCAACUGGCCCGGCACCGAGUUCUCUCUGCCUACAUCUGGAGUUUUGUAUAAAGAAGAUAAUUAUGUUAUCAUGACAACUGCACAUAAAGAAAAAUACAAAUGUAUACUUCCUCUGGUGACAAGUGGAGAUGAGGAAGAAGAAAAGGAUUACAAAGGCCCAAAUCCAAGAGAGCUUUUGGAACCACUAUUUAAACAGAGCAGUUGUUCCUACAGAAUUGAAUCUUAUUGGACUUACGAAGUAUGUCAUGGAAAACAUAUUCGACAGUACCAUGAAGAAAAAGAAACUGGCCAAAAAGUAAAUAUUCAUGAAUACUAUCUUGGGAAUAUGUUGGCUAAGAAUCUUCUGUCUGAAAAAGAACAAGAAGCAGAAGAAAAAGAAAAGUUCAGUGAGAUCCCCACUAAAAAUAUUGAAGGUCAGAUGACACCCUACUAUCCUGUGGGAAUGGGAAAUGGUACACCUUGUAGUCUGAAACAGAACCGACCCAGAUCAAGCACUGUGAUGUACAUAUGCCAUCCUGAAUCUAAGCAUGAAAUCCUUUCAGUAGCUGAAGUUACAACUUGUGAAUAUGAAGUUGUCAUUCUGACACCACUUUUGUGCAGUCAUCCUAAAUACAGGUUCAGAGCCUCUCCUGUGAAUGAUAUAUUCUGCCAAUCACUGCCAGGAUCUCCAUUUAAACCGCUCACACUAAGACAGUUGGAACAGCAGGAAGAGAUACUGAGGGUGCCAUUUAGGAGAAAUAAAGAGGAAGAUUUGCCAUCUGCAAAAGAAGAGAGAUUUCCAGCCAUCCACAAACCUAUUGCUGUUGGCGCUCAGCCAUUGCUCACCGUUGGAACAACCCAUAUAUCCAAGCUGACAGAUGAUCAGCUCAUAAAGGAGUUCCUUAGUGGCUCUUACUGCUUUCACGGGGGUGUUGGUUGGUGGAAAUAUGAAUUCUGCUAUGGCAAACAUGUAUACCAAUAUCAUGAGGACAAAGACAAUGGGAAAACUUCUGUGGUUGUGGGGACAUGGAACCAAGAAGAGCAUGUGGAAUGGGCUAAGAAAAACACUGCUAGAGCUUAUCAUCUUCAAGACGACGGCACCCAGACAGUCAGGAUGGUGUCACAUUUUUAUGGAAAUGGGGAUAUUUGUGAUAUAACGGACAAACCCAGACAAGUGACUGUAAAACUAAAGUGUAAAGAAUCAGAUUCUCCUCAUGCUGUUACUGUAUAUAUGCUCGAGCCUCACUCCUGCCAGUAUAUUCUUGGGAGGUCACUGGAUGGGACUGAAGUUCCAGCCAUGCAAUCAUUUGGUCCUUCUGGUUGAAUCUCCAGUAAUCUGUAAAAUCCUAGAUACAGCUGAUGAAAAUGGACUUCUUUCUCUCCCAAACUAAAUUAAAAUUGAAGGGAAGAAAGAUGAUUUAAGGUCCUCACUUCCUCCUGACCAUUGGACCCUGUCUACAGUAUCAUAUGAAAGGACUGGCAACCACGCUGUGAAAUACAUGUGUAUAUAAGAGGUCAUUGAUAAACUUGUAAGGCAGACAUUUGUCUCACUUCAUUUAUUUUGGUGUUAUAUGAGUUGAUUUCAUUUUGACUUUGCUUGGAUAGUGUGAUUUCAAAAUCUGAUUCAAGAAGUUUAGAGUUCACCCCAUUCAAAUGUUAUAAUCUUGUACUUGUUGAAAUACUUUUAAGUAUUAUACUUAUUGUGUAAAUUAUAGCAUAUAUAAUGAGCUAAAGAAGUAAAGCUAAUGAAGAGAAGUUGCUAGGAGAGUGUUUGAAUGAGAGGUCAUGUAAAAUGUGUGCAAUUCUAGUGUCUGAGAUGUUCUCAACAAACUUUCUGAGGCAGCUGCUCUGGGCAAGCACUGAACUAGAAGUGGCGGCAGAGUAGAGCCUCACAGAUGACCCAACACCACUGGUAUCUCAAGAGACUGUUUUAUGACAGGUUGUUCCUCUUCCUAAACUUUUAUGAUUCUUCUUAUAAAUUAGUUUAUUACCAGCAUAUAGGUUGGUGUCUUCCCUAAAUUACAAUGGUUCAUUCUAAAACUCACUGUGCUGGCUGGCUGUUGUACCUGCCUGCUGUAUAUUCUAAAUCUUAGUUCUGGACAGUUUUGCAUCAUAUUAUUUAUUGCAAAAAGAAUAAAAUGUUCAUAAGCAGUCUUUUCAUGUAAA